AUGGGCUGGUUCGGUGGAAGUUCCCCAAGUAAAGUUUCGAGUGUUACUGAAGUUCCUCGGAGUGAAAAUCCAAUGUACCUUGAAGAUUUACCACCCAAGUUCGAAGACAAUGAAACAGUCCCAUUGAAGAAGGCACCUCAACCUACAUACACCAAUGUGCUAUCUACUAUUAAAAUGUCAGAUUUCGCACCUUCUAAAAUGGUGAUGAUACCAUGUUUCCGCGAAGCCAUGCUAACUGGGUUUCAAGCUAUGGGUGUCUUGGGAGUUGUAACAUUUUUGAUACACAAGAAUACGAGCAGGGCAUUCAAUUGGUCCAUGGGUGGGUUCUUCUUAGGAAAUAUUGUUGGGUGGGAGCAAUGUAGAUCAAUCAGAAGAAAGUCGUUUCAGACCAUGGAAAAGGCACGUCAAGUGAACCAGGAAAAGAACGCAAAGAAGCUUAAGGGAUUAGAUACUGGAAAUGGUGUGGAAGAAUGGGAGAAGCUACAAGGCAAGAAAUAG